AUGUUUCUAGAAAUAAGCCUCCCAUUAGUUUUUAUUUUCUCCGAGAUCGGACAAAGUCUGCAAGUGUCCCUAAAAUCGCAUCUAACCAAACUGCCGCAACGUAACAACCACCAAAAUAUCUCGAGCCUUUUGGACAACCUUUUAAGGGGCUACGACAACAGCAUUAGGCCGGAUUUCGGAGGCCCGCCAGCUAUUGUUGAAGUGGACAUUAUGGUUAGGAGCAUGGGUCCCAUUUCUGAAGUAGAUAUGACUUACUCUAUGGAUUGUUAUUUCCGUCAAUCAUGGGUGGAUCGGAGAUUGGCCUUCUCCGGAAAUGCCAGCGAUACCCUGGCUCUGAGUAUAUCAAUGUUGAAGAGAAUUUGGAAACCCGAUACGUAUUUUUAUAACGGGAAGCAGUCAUACUUGCAUACCAUCACUACGCCGAAUAAAUUUGUGAGGUUGUACCAAAACGGAAGGGUCCUAUAUUCAUCUAGGUAA